GAGUAACUCAGGUCUACCGAUCUGCACAAACGGCAAGAUGGUGAAGGAGACAGGUUAUUAUGAUACCCUUGGGGUGAAACCCAAUGCGACUCCCGAUGAGAUUAAAAAGGCCUACAGGAAGUUGGCUCUGAAGUAUCACCCUGACAAGAACCCCAAUGAAGGAGAAAAGUUCAAGCUAAUCUCCCAGGCCUAUGAAGUGUUAUCUGACCCCAAAAAAAGAGAUAUCUAUGACCAGGGUGGGGAACAGGCCAUUAAGGAAGGAGGAAUGAGUGGCAGCAACUUCUCCUCUCCAAUGGACAUUUUUGACAUGUUCUUUGGGGGUGGUGGCCGCAUGAACAGGGAGAAGAGAGGCAAGAAUGUGGUCCAUCAGCUCUCCGUAUCAUUAGAAGACCUGUAUAAUGGAGCAAGCAGGAAGCUGGCACUGCAGAAGAAUGUAAUUUGUGACAAGUGUGAAGGCCGUGGUGGCAAAAAGGGAGCAUUGGAGAAAUGUGCAACAUGUAAGGGACGAGGCAUCCAGAUUAUCGUACAGCAGCUUGCCCCAGGCAUGGUCCAGCAGAUACAGACUAUGUGUUCUGAUUGUCGUGGGGAGGGUGAGCGUAUAAAUCCCAAAGAUCGCUGCAAACAUUGUAAUGGCAACAAGGUUGUUCGUGAAAAGAAGAUCCUGGAGGUUCACAUUAAGAAAGGCAUGAGGGAUGGACAGAAGAUUGUGUUCCAUGGCGAGGGGGAUCAGGAGCCUGGUCUAGAGCCUGGAGAUGUGCUUAUUGUCCUGGAUCAGAGAGACCAUGAUGUAUUCCAAAGACAGGAUGACAACCUCAUUAUGAAAAUGGAAAUCCAGCUAGUAGAAGCAUUAUGUGGCUUUAAAAAGACAAUAGACACUAUGGACGGCCGUAUUCUUUUAAUCACAUCUCAUCCAGGUGAAGUAAUAAAGGAUGGACACUUGAAAUGCGUUCAGAACGAGGGCAUGCCGCUGCAGAGAGACCCCUUUGAGAAAGGACUAUUGAUCAUCCAGUUUCUGGUUAAAUUCCCUGAAAAUCACUGGCUUCCUUUGGAGAAGCUUCCUGUGUUGGAGGCGUUGCUUCCGCCUAGGGAAGAGGAAAUGGUGACGGAUGACAUGGAUGUAGUUGAACUUACAGAGUUUGACAUUAGAGAGCAGAGCAGACAAUACAGAGGAGAAGCAUACGAGGAAGAUGGGCGACCCAGGGGAGGGGUGCAGUGUCAGACCUCCUGAGUUAGUUACAAAGCACCCGACGCGUUUUCUGGUUAUAACUCUGUUCUGUUAGCUGCAAGUCGCAUUCCAGCAGGUUACGUCCUCAAACUGUUCGGUUACCAACCGAUGGACUGUUGAACAGGAAAGUGAUGUUUAUUUUCUUACAGUGCAUCGCCACUUUAAUUUAUAUGUAAAUGCUAUGUUUAUACAGUAUUUAAAACAUUCUCUUUGUUCUUAAUAAAUAUGUGAAACCUCAAAA